CUCUACUGAGGAAUAGCAGCCUUAACUCCCCUGCUACUCCGGGUCAAUGACUCCAUCCAUAAUGGUGACUCCUGUUCUCACAAGCUAGUCUUUGGACAUAUGAUGACUGAGGGGCCUUGAUGGCCACUGUACCUUGCAGUUCCAUGGCAUUCAUGCUGUAUCCCUGGCAAAAGUGCAUUCUCUGUAGACCAAGACCUACCUACAGCCCUGGAGAAUACACAGUUGCUGGGAGGACAAGCAGAAAAACCACCAGUGGAUCAUUAAGAGUCAUGUUGCUGAUUGUUGGAGGUUCUUUUGGUCUUCGUGAGUUUUCACAAAUCCGUUAUGAUGCUGUAAAGAUUAAAAUUGAUCCUGAGUUAGAAAAAAAACUGAAAAUGAAUAAAGUGUCAUUGGAGUCAGAGUAUGAGAAAAUAAAAGACUCCACUUUUGAUGACUGGAAGAAUAUUCGAGGACCCAGGCCUUGGGAAGAUCCUGACCUCCUCCAAGGACAAAAUCCAGAAAUCCGUAACACUAAGACAACUUGACUAUGCUGAUUCUUUUUUUUUUUUAAAUAAAAAUGUUAUCAACUGGAAUUCCCACCACAUACUCCUAUCCAUUGGAAAGAAAAUUACAGACCUGCAGAAGCCUGGAUGGGAGUAAUUUGAUGAUAAGUACUCUUGAUAAAAAGUUAAGUACAGGUUUCUAUACUUCCCAACUCUUUUAUUUGCAAAUGAAAGUAACAAUGUUGACCACAUAUACUUUUUACUGCUCAAUAAAAAUGUGAAUACUGCCA